AUGGGGGCGGGGGAGGGCGGGGUCGAGACGGAGCAGAGGCACCUCUUGAGCGGGGGCCUGCACUCGAAGAAGCUCCGCUGGCGCUCGGCCGGCUCUGGCCGCGAGGUCACCGCUGGCCGGCUCCCGCAGGCCGUCGGCGAGCUCUCGGCGCGCGUCGACGACAGCCUGGCCUCCACCGCCGAGGCCGACAGGGAGGCCCGCAGGACGGAUUCCGAGCGCCACCAGACGAGCGUCACGGACCUCAUGGACGCCCUGCGGGCGGAGCGGGUGCUGCGCGCCUCGGAGGCAACCAGGCUGCGGCAGGCGCUCGCCGACCUCGCCCUGAACAUGAACGCCGCCCUCGGCGAUGAGCUCGCGCUGCGCGGGUCCGAGGGCCUCGCGCAGGCCUUCCAGGCGCUGCAGGCCGCCAUCGGCGAGGAGGCCCUGCAGAGCGCGGCGCGGUCCGGCUCCGGAAGCCCGGGCGGGAGCCGGCUGGCCUCCGCGUCGGCGGCCUCGGCGGGCGUGGAGAGGCUCAAGCUCGAGGCCGACGCGCUGCGGUCGGACCGCUCGGCCGCGCUGGCCAGGGAGGCCACGGAGCUCGUCGGCUGGUGA